GUACUGGCACAUUUCUACGUCGGUGAGGUGGUAAGCUGUCUUCAGAAGGCCACCCUGAUACCCGGCGGUUCCGAGGGCCUCGUCUACUCCACCCUCUCAGGCGGGCUUGGCAUUCUAGUUCCCUUCACUUCCCGCGAUGCCUACGACUUCUUCCAGCACCUAGAGCUGCAUCUUCGAGCUGAAUCGCUCUCUUUAGUCGGCCGGGACCACCUCCACUAUCGCUCACUUUAUUAUCCCUGCAAGAACGUGAUCGACGGAGACCUGUGUGAAAUGUUCAGUUCACUGGACCUGGCCAAGCAACGCAGUAUCGCGACGGAGAUGGACAAGGUACCGAAUGACAUCGCCAAACGCCUUGAAGACAUGCGAACGCGUUGCGCCUUUUAG